AUGGAAAGCAACGGAAAUAAUAAGCCGUUGGUCAUCGUUAGAACACCAACGACUGACGUCUGGGCCAGCUUCUACAUUAUCUGUGCUUUCGCCGUCGGUCUAGUACUCAUCUCUUUGCUCGGUAUAAUGUUAGUUUAUCGCCAUCGCCACAAAAAGCGCCUCCAGCAACGUCGUCAACAGUAUCUUGCUGGGUGGGAACCGAGCACGGAUGUUUCUCUGGCCCAGUGUAGCAUCUCUGAUGUCGCCAGUAGGAAGAAGUUGUUGAAUGAACAACGGAAUGAUAUUAGCAAGGACUGCGAUCAUAUUCUUAGCAAUGGAAUAGCCAAAAAAAUGUUAUGUGCCCAUUUCUCAGUUUUACUGCUGUAUCGCCGAGACGAUGCUCAAGUGUCUCAACGUGCAACCGACCUUCGAAAACGAUUGCAAUCCGAAUGCGGAGACAAAGUUUACGAUUAUGGAGAUGAAACACAGUGGGAAGAAAUGUCCAUCGAAGGGCUGGAUUGGCUGCCAAAUCGCAUCUAUGGAAAUCAAGAGACUAAUGGUUGUUUCAACCGCGUUAUUGUCAUCCAUAGUCCAUUGCAGCCGCAAAUCAGAGAAGAAAAAAGACUCGAAAAUGACGGGGAUAUGGAAUGCUUAAACCCGUUAAUUAUCGAGCAAGUGCCCGAGGCGAUGGCCCGUCGGCGAUGUCAUCGUCACAGAAAUGGUCACUUUUCCUCGACGAUUGAUCACGAAUUUCUCUACGGUAUGCAACUCUUGAAGAGCUACAUACGUGAAUCUGGUGACAGUUGCGUAAAUGUAGAGAAACAGCAGCAUAGCCAGCAGCAUAGCCAGCAGUCUGCAAGUCUUUACAGACGUGUCUUUAAUGUUCGAUACACGGACAUGAUAGACAACCAGUUAUCGGAAACUGAAAAUCAAAAUAUUACAUAUCCUGAUCUUACGGUGGCACCGUUUACUUGUUACCUUUUACCUGGGCAUUUCAAUCAACUCUUACAGCAUUUAACCUCAACGUAAUAACGAUAUUGACCCUGAAAUCAAACUGGAAUCGGAAAAUUCCAACCCAUUUUUCUCAUUAGUAGUAUACUCGACGAAUCUCUGGUCAAUUUUUGUUUGUCAUUAUGAGCAAGUCUUGUCUUCGUUGUGACCCCGAAUGUCAAUUUU